AUGGUGCUGGUGGUAGCGGGCUGGCUGCCGCUGGCGGUCGCCGAGGCCGGCGGUCGGGCACUGGGCUCGGCCGUGGCCGCGAGCCGUGCAUAUCGAUGGGCGGUGGCGGUGGAGAACGUGGCGGUGGCGCUGCCUGGAACAACCGAUCGGGGAGCGGCUGAGGUGGCUGCCGAGGCCCUGGCGCACCUUGGCGCGGUUGCGGCCCUACUGCCGCAUGCUGGCGCAAUGGGCGCUGCGGCGGCGGCCGGUACCGGCGGCGAUGUGGCGGCGGUGGCGGCGGAGCUGACCGGCCAGCCGGCGAUUGUGGUCUCGGCCCAUGUCGGCUGGUGGGAGGCGUUGCCUGCGGCGGUGGGCACAUGGCUGGCACCGGACCAGCUGAUGUGGGUGGCGUACGCGCCACUGGCGGAUGUCGCGCUGGAUGCAGCGGUGGCGGCUGUACGGGCCGCGGCUGUGCCGCAGAUGCGGCUGAUCCCGGCUCGCGGCGCGUACAAAGUGCUGGAUGCUGCAUUGCGCCGCGGCGAUGUUGUCGGGCUCAUGGGCGAUGCGUUUGCGCCUGUGGCGGUAGCCACCGGCCCGCCUGUGGUGUUUGCCGGGCGACGGCUGCGCGGGCGGACGGGCGCGGCGCGGCUGGCGGCGGCGACUGGCGCGCCGCGCCCCGGCUGGUGUUGGAGCGCGUGA